AUGAUUUUAAGCUUGUACACAAUUACAACUAAAAUUGGACUAAGACGCGAUCUCGAACAGAAAUCUAGGUUGUCACAAGGAGAGAGAUUUUUAGGAUAUCAAUCUCGAUUCUCGCACACCCUCCUACUCUGGCAAUUUAUUUUUCUAAAUUUUAAUCAUUUUAAAGCCGUUGCCAAUUCCUUCUCCAACGUUACAACAAAAUCGUUAGGCCAGUCAAUGUCUGUAGAUAGCCGUCGAAUAGCUUGUGGAACAGCUAAACUAUUAACUUCAAAUUCCUCAUAUAGCAACGGAAGUUCUACUAACAGCACAGCAACAACGACAACAAGUAAAAAGAAACGUCCAAAUUUACAACAAAUAGCCUCUACCCAACAACAACAACAAAAUAAUUUAUUUAUAGCAACAGUUCCAGAACCUAAAUAUAUGAGGGAAAUGACUACGGCAAUAAUGAGGGUUGCCGCUUUUCAUUUAAUUUGCUGGCUACCGUUCUGUUUGAUUCAAUUAAUUCCAACACAGUUAUUUGAAUCUGUUCUCCCAAAUUUUGGUUUCGACACUCUCAAGUGGAGAACAACCUUUUCUCUCCGUAUUUUUGGUUCAAUUGAGGAUAACGAGAAUAGUCUAUCUUUGGAACAAAAAACUUCUGCUUGGCUGGCAUUUGGGGCCAAUUGGUUAUCUUAUGCAAAUUCUGCUGGGAAUUGGGUUUUAUAUGCCGCUUUGAAUAGAGAUUUGCGAUCUAUUAUUAAAGCCUGCUCAGAGCGUCGUCAAAAACGCAAUACAAUCCCCCCACAACAAAUCCAACAACAAAAUUCCCAAGCACCCCAUUCCUCGGGUUGUGGAAGUAUUCGAAUUAAAUGUAAUUCUGGAAGGUGUAAUAGAAACAAUUUAAAUAAUAUUAGUGGAGGAGGAAGGAAGGGAGCUUUUCAAGUCUUUCGCUUCUUUUAUUCUUUGAAUUCACAUCGAUCUUCAGCUUCGAUUGAGGGCGAUGGCAAUUCAACAGCCACAAUUUUGCCUGGUGCCCAAAAUUGUUGUGUUUGUAUAUGUGGAAAUAAUGCUCAACAACAUUUAUUAAGCAAUAUCAACGAGAAUAACACUAAAAAUACGUCAAAUAAUAAACAAAUUUGUUCUCCAAAAAAUAGCAAUAGUCUAUUACUUUUACGGGCGGGAACUUCUUGUUCUGCCUUGACUAUUUGUUGUGCUGAAUGUAAUUGUAAUUGUGGAGGCCCAACAAUUCGAAAACAUUCAGCCCAAUCAGCUAUCAGCAAUCUAUUUUUCGGCGGCGGAGAAAAAACCUCCAUAACAACAACCCUUUCAUCCGCCUCCACAUUAGCUACAACAGCUCGUCGUUCCCCACAAACAAAUAAUUUAUCAACGGGAGAGUUUGGAUGGAGGGAUGGUCGAGCCCAUACUUUUUGUGCCCCAAUAAGGGCUAUUCCCUCAACAAAUAAUUUAAUAACAAAUAAACCCUCUACAAAAAUCCCAACAACUUCCCACCUACGUUUUGCCCAACAAUUAAUUGCUGCAACAGUACAUGGGGUAGAGGAAAGGGAGAAUCAUGGGGCAAUACCCACAAAUAUUAUAAAACAAGGCAGAAGAGAAUCUGCAGCAGAAAAGAGAGAAUUAUUUGCACAAAUGAGGGGAAAUGUUAAAAACAACAAUAACAGCAACAGCAAUUCUUUAAUUAAAAAUACUAACGUUUAUUCUCCCCCAUUACCCCCGCCUCCUCCUAUUAGAAUUGGGGGACCGUCGUUUGAAGAAGAGGAAAAUGAUGGAAAUUAA